GCAACAUUUCUCUCUAGAGCCAUCAAUGUGAUUCCACUGCCUGAAAAAUGUAAUAAUGAUGGAUUUUCUUAUCAUUUUUCUUUUACUUUUUAUUGGAACUUCAGAGACACAGGUUGAUGUUUCCAAUGCUGUUCCUGGUACUAGGUAUGAUGUAACCAUCUCUUCUAUUUCUGCUACAACAUACAGCUCACCUGUUAGUAGAACAGUGACAACCAAUGUAACAAAACCGGGGCCUCCAGUCUUCCUAGCAGGAGAAAGAGUUGGAUCUGCUGGGAUUCUUCUGUCUUGGAAUACACCACCUAAUCCAAACGGAAGGAUUGUGUCUUACAUUGUGAAAUAUAAGGAAGUUUGUCCAUGGAUGCAAACAGAAUACACACAAGUUAGAACAAAGCCAGACAGUCUGGAAGUUCUUCUUACUAAUCUUAAUCCUGGAACAACAUAUGAAAUCAAGGUUGCUGCUGAAAACAGCGCUGGUAUUGGAGUAUUUAGUGACCUGUUUCUUUUCCAAACUGCAGAAAGUGCUCCAGGAAAAGUGGUGAAUCUCACAGUUGAGGCCUUUAACUAUUCCGCAGUAAACCUGAUUUGGUAUUUGCCUCGGCAACCAAAUGGCAAAAUUACCAGCUUCAAGAUUAGUGUCAAACAUGCCAGAAGUGGGAUAGUAGUGAAAGAUGUCUCCAUCAGAGUAGAAGACAUUUUGACUGGGAAAUUGCCAGAAUGUAAUGAGAAUAAUGAAUCUUUUUUAUGGAGUACAACCAGCCCUUCUCCAACCCUUGGUAGAGUUACGCCUCCAUCACGUACCACAUAUUCGUCAAGCACGUUGUCGAGGAGUAAGAUAAGCUCUGUUUGGAAAGAGCCUAUCAGUUUUGUAGUGACACAUUUGAGACCUUAUACAACAUAUCUUUUUGAAGUUUCUGCUGUUACAAAUGAAGCAGGUUAUAUUGAUAGUACUAUUGUCAGAACACCAGAAUCAGUGCCUGAAGGACCACCACAAAACUGUUUAACAGGCAACAUUACAGGGAAGUCCUUUUCAAUUUCAUGGGACCCACCUAGUGUAGUAACAGGGAAAUUUAGCUACAGAGUUGAAUUAUAUGGACCUUCAGGUCAGAUUUUGGAUAAUAGCACGAAAGACCUUAAGUUUGCGUUCACUAACCUAACACCAUUUACAGUGUAUGAUGUCUAUGUUGCAGCUGAGACCAGUGCAGGAAUUGGACCCAAAUCAAAUAUUUCAGUAUUCACUCCUCCAGAAGUUCCAGGUGCAAUAUUUGAUUUACAACUUGCAGAAGUAGAAGCUACACAAAUACGUAUUACCUGGAAGAAACCACGACAACCAAAUGGAAUCAUUAACCAAUAUCGAGUCAAAGUGCUAGUUCCAGAGACAGGAGUAAUUCUGGAAAAUACUUUGCUCACAGGAAAAGAUGAGUAUAUAGAUGACCCAAUGACUCCAGAAACUGUGAACAUAGUAGAGUCAAUGGCAGAAUUAUUUGAGGGUUCAGCAGAGAUAUCUUCAGACCUGUACUCGCUUGCUUCCGCUAUAUAUAACAGUCAUCCACUUAAUAACUUUCCUGUGAGGAACAGAGCUGAAGACCAGCAGUCAGCAGUUGGAGCUAUAAGGAAUCUGUCUAUCACUGACAUUGCUGCAGACCAGCUGUCUUAUGUUAUCAGGAGACUUGUACCUUUCACUGAGCACAUGAUUAGUGUAUCUGCUUUCACCAUCAUGGGAGAAGGACCACCAACGGUUCUCAAUGUGAGGACACGUGAGCAAGUGCCAAGCUCCAUUCAAAUUAUAAACUAUAAAAAUAUUAGUUCUUCAUCUAUUUUGUUGUAUUGGGAUCCUCCAGAAUAUCCCAAUGGAAAAAUAACUCAUUAUACCAUUUAUGCAAUGGAACUGGAUACAAACAGAGCAUUCCAGAUGACUACUACAGAUAACAGCUUUCUCAUAACAGGGUUAAAGAAAUACACAAAAUAUAAAAUGAGAGUGGCUGCCUCAACCCAUGUUGGAGAAAGUUCUUUGUCUGAAGAAAAUGACAUCUUUGUGAGAACUUUAGAAGAUGAACCAGAAUCAUCACCUCAGGAUGUUGAAGUUAUUGAUGUUACUGCAAGUGAAAUAAAUUUGAGGUGGUCACCACCUAGGAAACCCAAUGGGAUUAUUGUUGUUUAUGAAGUGCUGUAUAAAAAUAUGGACACCUCGUUGAUGAAGAACACCUCAACCACAAACAUAAUUUUAAGGGACUUAAAACCUUACACCCUCUACAACAUUUCUGUCAGGUCGUAUACCAGAUUUGGUCAUGGCAAUCAGUUAUCUUCUUUACUCUCUGUAAGGACUUCUGAGACUGUGCCUGAUAGUGCACCAGAAAACAUUACUUACAAAAAUAUAUCUUCUGGAGAGAUUGAGCUAUCAUUCCUUCCCCCUAGUAGUCCUAAUGGAAUCAUACAAAAAUAUACAAUUUAUCUCAGGAGAAGUAAUGGAAAUGAGGAAAGAACUGUAAAUACAACCUCUUUGACCCAGAGCAUUAAAGGAUUGAAGAAGUAUACCCAAUACAAGAUUGAGGUGUCUGCUAGUACACAGAGGGGUGAAGGAGUGCGGAGCGAACCCAUAAGUGUAUUGACUGAAGAAGAUGCUCCUGAUUCUCCCCCCCAAGACUUCUCUGUAAAACAGUUGUCUGGUGUCACGGUGAAGUUGUCAUGGCAACCACCCCUGGAGCCAAAUGGAAUUAUCCUCUAUUACACAGUUUAUGUCUGGGAUAGAUCAUCAUUAAAGGUUAUUAAUGUAACUGAAGCAUCAUUAGAGUUCUCCGAUUUGGACUAUGAUGUUGAAUAUAGUGCUUAUGUAACAGCUAGCACCAGGUUUGGUGAUGGGAAAAUGAGAAGCACUAUCAUUAACUUUCGAACACCCGAGGGAGUUGUUUGUGUUUCAGCACCAAGUGAUCCUCCCAAAGAUGUUCGUUAUACAAAUCUCAGUUCUUCAUCAGUAAUGCUCUUUUGGAUGCCUCCUUCGAAACCUAAUGGGAUUAUACAAUAUUAUUCUGUUUAUUACAGAAACACUUCAGGUACUUUUGUGCAGAAUUUUACACUCCAUGAAGUAACCAGUGACUUUGACAAUAUGACUGUAUCUGCAAUAAUAGAUAAACUGGCAAUAUUCAGCUACUAUACAUUUUGGGUAACAGCAAGUACUUCAGUUGGAAAUGGGAAUAAAAGCAGUGACAUAGUUCAAGUACACACAGAUCAAGACAUACCUGAAGGGUUUGUUGGAAACCUAACUUAUGAGUCCAUCUCGUCAACUGCAAUAAAUGUAAGCUGGAGCCCACCAUCUCUGCCAAAUGGUCUAGUCUUCUACUAUGUUUCUCUGAGCUUACAGCAGACUCCUCGCCACGUGAGACCACUUCUCGUUACAUAUGAGAGAAGCAUGUAUUUUGAUAAUCUGGAAAAAUAUACUGAUUAUAUAUUAAAAAUCACUCCAUCAACAGAAAAGGGAUUCUCUGAUACCUAUACUGCCCAGCUACACAUCAAGACUGAAGAAGAUGUCCCAGAAACUUCACCAAUAAUCAACACUUUUAAAAACCUUUCCUCUACCUCAGUUCUCUUAUCAUGGGAUCCCCCAGUAAAGCCAAAUGGUGCAGUAAUAAGUUAUGAUUUAACUUUACAAGGACCAAAUGAAAAUUAUUCUUUCGUUACUUCUGAUAACUAUCUAAUAUUGGAAGAGCUUUCACCAUUUACGUUAUAUAGUUUUUUUGCCGCUGCAAGAACUAUAAAAGGACUUGGUCCUUCCAGUACUCUUUACUUUUACACAGAUGAGUCAGUGCCUUUAGCACCUCCUCAAAAUUUGACUUUAAUCAACUACACUUCAGACUUUGUAUGGCUGAAAUGGAACCCAAGUCCUGUUCCAGGCGGUAUUGUUAAAAUAUAUAGUUUAAAAAUUCAUGAACAUGAAACUGAUACUAUAUUUUAUAAGAAUAUUUCAGGUGUUCAAACUGAAGCCCAACUUUUUGGACUGGAACCAGUUAGCACCUAUUCUGUCAGCGUGUCUGCCUUUACAAAAGUCGGAAAUGGCAAUCAGCUUAGUAAUGUAGUAAAAUUCACGACUCAGGAAUCAGUUCCGGAUGCUGUACAGAACAUACAGUGUAUAGCAACGAGCUGGCAGUCAGCUUUAGUGAAGUGGGAUCCUCCCAAAAAGGCAAAUGGAAUAAUUACGCAUUAUAUGAUAACAGUUGAAAGGAAUUCUACAAGAGUCUCUCCCCAAGAUCAUAUGUAUACUUUCGUGAAACUUCUUGCCAAUACCUCAUAUGUCUUUAAAAUAAGAGCUUCAAACUCAGCUGGUGAAGGUGAAGAAAAAACAUGCAACAUCAGCACACUACCUGAAGCAGUUCCCAGUGUUCCCACAAAUAUUGCUUUUUCUAAUGUUCAGUCAACUAGUGCAACAUUAACAUGGAUGAGACCUGACACUAUUCUUGGCUACUUCCAAAAUUACAAGAUCACCACUCAACUACGGGCCCAGAAAUGCAUAGAAUGGGAUUCUGAAGAAUGUGUUGAAUAUCAAAAAAUUCAAUACCUUUUUGAAGCUGACUUAACUGAAGACACAGUGUAUGGAUUAAAGAAAUUUAGAUGGUACCGAUUCCAAGUGGCUGCCAGCACCAAUGCUGGCUAUGGCAAUGCUUCCAAUUGGAUAUCUACACAAACCCUUCCUGGUCCUCCAGAUGGUCCUCCUGAAAGUGUGUAUGUAGUAGCAACAUCACCUUUUAGCAUCAACAUCAGCUGGAGUGAACCUGCUGCCAUUACUGGACCAACAUUCUAUCUGAUAGAUGUCAAAUCGGUAGAUAGUGAUGAAUUUAAUAUUUCCUUCAUCAAGUCAAAUGAGGAAAAUAAGACCAUAGAAAUUAAAGAUUUGAAAAUAUUCACAAGGUAUUCUGUGGUGAUCACAGCAUUCACUGGAAACAUAAGUGCUGCGUAUGCAGAAGGAAAGUCAAGUGCUGAAGUGAUUGUUACUACUUUAGAAUCAGUCCCCAAGGAUCCACCUAACAACAUGACAUUUCAGAAGAUACCAGACGAAGUUACAAAAUUUCAGUUAACAUUUCUUCCUCCUUCUCAACCCAAUGGAAAUAUCCAAGUGUACCAAGCUUUAGUUUACCGAGAAGACGAUCCUGCUGCUGUCCGGAUUCACAACCUCAGUAUCAUCCAGCAAACUGACACCUCCGUCAUUGCGAUGUUAGAAGGACUAAAAGGUGGACAUACGUAUAACAUCAGUGUUUAUGCAAUCAAUAGUGCUGGUGCAGGGCCAAAGGUUCAGAUGAGAAUAACCAUGGACGUUAAAGCUCCAGCACGACCAAACACCAAACCAACCCCUAUUUACGAUGCUACAGGAAAACUGCUUGUGACUUCAACAACAAUUACAAUCAGAAUGCCAAUAUGUUACUACAAUGAUGAUCAUGGACCAAUCAAAAAUGUGCAAGUGCUUGUAACAGAAGCAGGAGCUCAGCAUGAUGGAAAUGUAACAAAGUGGUAUGAUGCAUAUUUUAAUAAACCAAGGCCAUAUUUUACAAAUGAAGGCUUUCCUAACCCCCCAUGUACGGAAGGAAAGACAAAGUUCAGUGGCAAUGAAGAAAUCUACAUCAUUGGUGCUGAUAAUGCAUGCAUGAUUCCUGGAAAUGAAGACAGAAUUUGCAAUGGACCUCUGAAACCAAAAAAGCAGUACUUAUUUAAAUUUAGAGCCACAAAUAUUAUGGGACAAUUUACUGAUUCUGAUUAUUCUGAUCCUAUUAAGACUUUAGGUGAAGGACUUUCUGAAAGAACUGUAGAAAUUAUUCUUUCAGUCACUUUGUGUAUCCUUUCAAUCAUUCUUCUUGGGACAGCUAUUUUUGCAUUUGCAAGAAUUCGACAGAAGCAGAAAGAAGGCGGCACGUACUCUCCUCGAGACGCAGAAAUUACUGACACUAAAUUCAAGUUGGAUCAGCUCAUCACUGUGGCCGACCUGGAACUGAAGGACGAGAGAUUAACGCGGCCGGUAAGCAAGAAGUCCUUCCUGCAACAUGUUGAAGAGCUUUGCACAAACAACAACCUAAAGUUUCAAGAAGAAUUUUCGGAACUACCAAAAUUUCUUCAGGAUCUUUCUUCAACUGAUGCCGAUCUGCCUUGGAACCGAGCAAAAAACCGCUUUCCAAACAUAAAACCAUAUAACAAUAACAGAGUGAAGCUGAUAGCUGAUGCUAGUAUUCCAGGAUCGGAUUAUAUUAAUGCCAGCUAUGUUUCUGGCUAUUUAUGUCCAAAUGAAUUUAUUGCCACUCAAGGUCCAUUACCAGGAACAGUUGGGGAUUUUUGGAGAAUGGUGUGGGAAACCAGAGCAAAAACAUUAGUGAUGCUAACGCAGUGUUUUGAAAAAGGGCGGAUCAGAUGCCAUCAGUACUGGCCAGAGGACAAUAAACCGGUUACUGUCUUUGGAGAUAUAGUGAUUACGAAGCUAAUGGAAGAUGUUCAAAUAGAUUGGACCAUCAGGGAUCUGAAAAUUGAAAGGCAUGGAGAUUGUAUGACCGUUCGACAGUGCAACUUUACUGCUUGGCCUGAGCAUGGGGUCCCAGAAAACAGCGCUCCUCUAGUUCACUUUGUAAAAUUGGUUCGAGCAAGCAGAGCGCAUGACACCACACCCAUGAUUGUUCACUGCAGUGCUGGAGUUGGAAGAACUGGAGUUUUUAUUGCUCUGGACCACUUAACACAACAUAUAAAUGACCAUGAUUUUGUGGAUAUAUAUGGAUUAGUAGCUGAACUGAGAAGUGAAAGGAUGUGCAUGGUACAGAACCUGGUAAGGCGCAGUAUAUCUUUUUAUACCAGUGCAUCCUGGAUCUCCUAUCAAGUAAAGGGAGUAAUCAGCCCAUCUGUUUUGUUAACUAUUCAGCACUUCAAAAGAUGGACUCUUUGGAUGCCAUGGAAGGUGAUGUUGAGCUUGAAUGGGAAGAGACCACCAUGUAAAUACCCAGACCAAAGAUUACAACUGGAAGAUAUUUUCAAAUCCCAGGGGCCAAAAUUUCCCCCUCACUCUUCUGGAUUGAAAUGUGCAACCUUAAAGAAAUCUCUAUGUUUCUGUUACUGUGCCUUACUAAAGAAUGGACAUUUUAGGAAUAGUUCUAGGAAAUAGCUAAUUCAGGAUAGUCAUUUUGUUUUGUACAAAAUAAAUAUGUGUUCAAAAUGUUUAAGAAAAGAUAUCCCAGAGAUUUUUGAAGUCUUCCAUACUUUUGGAAUGAGCCAAAUAGAAAAUUAUCAUGAUAUUAGCAUGAAUGUUUCCAGGUAAAUUUUCCCCACAUAUCGGAUUGAACCCUGAACAAAAGUUGUCAAUGUUGAUUCGGUCGUGUUAUUUUGGCCUCCAGGGUGUUAACGUUCCUUGUGGAUAACUUCCAGGACUGUCAUAAUGAUCUGUACUUCCAUGUACACCCCUGUGUUUUGAAUCCUCUGUUUUAUGAGAGCUGAGAUGUCAUCUCAUGAUCUCCAACAGCUGAACAGUAACCUCUUGGCACUGCCGGGAUUACUUAGCCUUUAUACAACACAGAGUAGCUCUUCGGGGACACUUAGGGCUAUUUAAGUUGCAUUGUGAGCUUUAGUUUGAAAAACAAAAAGAGAAAUGAAACAGUGCAAUUGUUCAUAAGAGGCUAUAGAGUAUAUUCGUACUGUCUACAUUUGUAUCUUUUUCGGGACAAGUACCACUAUGCUGUAUAAUUAAAUACAUGGUUAAACGUAUCAGAGUAUUUGUCUAUUAGAUAUCUAUUCAACCUAAUAGUAAUAGUUUUGAAAGGUCUCUUCAGUAGAAAUGUAGGAUGUAUGACAAGCUCAUAAACUGAUGAUGUGCUGCUGUACUGCCAACAGAAAUUUCUGAAUAGAUUACAUAAAAGGAUCCUUUCUCAUCUCGCAACAUAUCAUGGAGGAGUGUAUUUGGUGGAACUGCAAAAAUGGUAUUCUCCAGGUUGUAGCAAAUUAGAGAUUUUUUCUUAACAUAUUUCAAUCUCCUUUUUGUUAAUGACAACGUACUAAGUAAGUUUUGAACUAUAUGAAAUUAUUUUGUCAUAGAUUUCAAUUAAGGAUCAUAACAUGAAACAGUAUCAAUUAUUCUAUUUCUUCUAUGAUAAGAAUUAUACCUUAUGGUUAUUUCUGCUGGCAUGUACAUAUAGGAAAUGUGAUGGCCAAUCAAAUUAAAUUUUAAGGAAUUGAGUUACUUUGCAGCAUGAUUUCAGAGGUCCUUAUAAGUAUAAAUUUUAUUUUAUAUCACAUAUUGAGAUAUAAUUGAUAAUUACCUUGAAUAAUUUAAUGCAGUAAAUUAUAUGUAAGUACAAUAUAGUACUAGAGUAUAAUAUAUUUAAUUAACAUAUAAUCAUUUCUCAAGGUAACCAUCAGUAGUAAGAUAUUUUAAAAAUCAAAUUUAUUACCCAAGAAAUUAAGUUCUUUAAUCUUAUAAGCAGUCCUGCGUCUUGUUUUUUCAUGGCAAAGCAGAGUUAUAAUAAAAUCCACUAUUGUUCCAACCAAGUUUAUUCUAUAGAAAGUUACAGAAAACAGUAAGAAAUGAGAAUUCUAAAAGAUUUAAGUUGGAGUAGAAGCUCUUUAGUUUCCUUCAUGUAUCAGUCAAUGAAAAAGUGUGGUGAGCCAGUACUUAUUAAUGUGGGUUUUUUGUAUGCAUGGAAGACAGACAGCCUUUGGAAAGUACUGGUGAGGUUACUUUUUAAUGUAUUAGAUAAUAAGAAAAUAAACAGUUCAAUCUACAAGCCAGCCCACUCUUUAAAAUAUCUGUAUAAAACAGAUGUGUACAGCAUAGAGUUCCAGGUUUGACUCAUGUAUGUAUGCAUAUGUGUCUGUACAAAACAAAGUUUUAAUAUAAUACCUCUUCUAAAACAGUGCUAGUCAAACUCUACUGUGCAUACACAUCACCUGGGGGUUGUGUUAAAAUGCAGACUCUGUUUCCAUAGGUCUAGGGUAGGACCUGAGAUUCUUCACUUCCAGUAAGUACUCAAGUGAUAAUACUACUGCCUGAUCUCUGGCCAUACAUUGACUAGAAAUCUCUAAAAAGACAUUAAGAUCAGAAUAAUUUCAUGUCCACCUGAAAUUAUUUGAAACCUGUUAAAAAAAAAAAAAGCUUUGUCUUCAUUCACAGAAAGAAAAAAUUAGAACACCUGUUGAGUGUGUAUCUCUCACUAGCUAUAUCACAAAACUAUACCUAAAAUUGAAUUGAAACUCACAUGUAUUAAUGAUAGCUACAUUUUCUCUUAAUUAUAUUGUGAAACAGCCGGUGUAUAGACAUGUUCUAUAGGUGUCUAUUGCUACUAAGUGCAAAUUAGAAUAAUGAGGAACAUCUGUAACAUUUUUAGAUCAGAUUUGUCAAAAUACGUGAAGCACAUGUACAAUAAAUGAGCAACAUGUGUUUCAUCUGAGCCAAAGGAAACUGGAGCCUCUCAGAAUGGUUUGCCAGAGACGAGAGCAGCUGCGGUAUCACCUCUACUUUCAUCCUGCUUUAAAACGCAUAAUUUUCUUCUUGCAGUUUAUAGGUGAAACGUAUAAUAAGUCUUUUGAAAAAGGCUAAUUAAACCUUGCCCUCUUCAUAAAAAAGAUGACGAUUCGCUCUCCACAUCUGGUCAAACCUUAGAUUUUAGAAAUGGAAUUUAAGUUCAGUGAAGUAUGCAUCCUCCAAACCCACAACAUUAUUGUGGCAAGUCCAUUUUCACGCCAACUCCCAGAAAACUCACAUGCAAUUUUUGAUGAAGCCUGGAACACAAAAGGAUCUGAAAUUCUCAACUGAAUGAGAUGAGAAAUGAAAAUAUGAAAAAAUAAAUUUUAUAAAGCAUAAUCAUGGCAAAACAGAUUGCCUUUUUAGGACAAAUAAUAUUUCAUGUUAAAUGACUUCAUAACUUUGCAUAGAGUUUUCGUGUGGAAGCAGGAGUCAUCCACCUACCAGCUCAUGAAGAUGUUCGGAGGAAUAGAUUAGAUUGCACAUACGAAAGUGUUUCAUAAAAGUACAAUGAACUCUGCAAAGUUAAUCUUUUACCCAGACUGGUCAGUGUGUAAUGUUUAUUAGUAAGAUAAUGCAUCUCAUUUUUAGGUUGUAUUAUACUUUUUGAUAUUAGUACCAUAUUUGUAUGUCAUACCCUGUGUAUGUUUCACAUGCCCUUCUUGAAAAUUAUGGCAGUAAUAUCGACUUCUGCUAAAUAAGACAACUGAUGUUUUGUUCAUGAAUGAUUUGAGCAUCCUCAAGGAAUUUUCUGGACUAAAAUGAAUAGAGACAUGUGUACAAAUAACAUACAAUGUGAUUUGGAAAACAAGUCAAUAAAAUUUUGA